CUAUAUAUCAGUGCACAACUUCAGUUGUAACAGUACAGACUUGGUUACAUUAGACGUCGGAAAUUGAUUUAUAUCAAAGACAAUGAGUAAAACUGUUAUGGAUAAAUCUGAGUCUUCAGAUGAGGAAGAUAGUGAAUCCCUAUCUUUAUUUCCCUCACGUCCAAUUAUUGAGGAUGCUGAUGAGCUUAAAUUUCAUCCGGGUGUUUAUCUACAAUUUCUCAAUACUUCCGAAGUUUAUGAGUUACUAGAGCAGAUCUAUAGUGCAGUGGCGGAAGAAGACGAAGAGUUUAAUCAAAGCUUCGUGAAGAACUUUGCCUAUUCUAAGCUUUUGCGGAAAUACAAGGACAAAAAGUCCAUGACAGAUAUUCGCAAGUUCCUUGAAGAAAAAGAUCUUCAUCCUUAUCAAGUAGCUUCGUUGUCUACUUUGUGUCCUCAGUCUGUUGAUGAAGCAAUUUCUUUAAUUCCAUCUCUUGAAGAGAAGGAUAUUUCAGUUGUGAAGGAAAUUAUUGAAGAGCUGGAUCUGAAACAUACCCUUUUAUAAUUUUGAACAUUUAACAUUAUUUGUACUAUCUAAUGCGAAAUGCAGUUGAUCAAUAAAUGAAAUAA